GCGAGUAAACAUGUCUCACGUCCAGUACCUCGACGAGCUGGUCAAGGAAUAUCUGCUUUUCAGGGGCUUCAGCCAGACUCUCCGGUCGCUGGACAACGAACUGAAGAUCGACAAGGAUAAGGGCUUCAGGGUUGAUAGAUUAGUUGACCAAGUCGUGAGUCACAUUCAGACCUACGACCUUGUAGGAUUAAGAGAGCUUUGGGCCCAUCUGGAUAAAAGGAUAUUUGCACAUCUCCCACACACUCUGCUGCCAUGUGUGAGAAAGCUGGAGACCAGUAUACUUCGCCUGUAUGUUGUGAACACGAUCCAGACAAACAAACCGGACAAGCUGGUUGAGUUUUUUGAGAAAAUGGCUCAGGAACUACAGAGUCAGGCAGAAUGGCGCGAAUGGUUCAUUUUGCCAUACCUGAAGGGCGUGGAGGAAAAUUCAUCUUUCGCCAUGUACUUCACUAGACAGUGGCAAGAUACUCUGCUGGUGUCCCUUCACAACUUCUUUGCUGUGGUUUUCCAGCCGUCCUUUCUCCAGAGCAUUGAACUGCCUACUUUAGCAAGCUACCGUGAUGAGGCCUCUAAGAUUGCCAGGCUGCAGGAGGACAACGAACUGUUGCGUGCUCGACUGAGUGCCCUCACCACCUCCGACCAGCCCAGUCUCGAACACCUCGUCGUACCUGAUCCUCCUCCUCCUUCUCAUCUCAUGGAUGAUUUUUAUAACAUUGCUCAAGAAGCACCUUCUUCAGAGAGUCAGUUGAAAUCCCUGAAAACCAUCCUCUUUGGACUCGGUGGAGGCCUCCCAACGUCCCCAAUUCUUGGCCGACGAGCGACCGGAGGAGCUGCCUCUGCCUCUCCCCAACCCAGUCCCAUUGCAGCUCAGGCUCCAUCUUCGAAUAACCAUGGAGGAACCAGUGUGUUCACACACUCUGUUGCAAGAAGAACUUCAUCCCAAGCUCCAGCAGAGGAAAAGAAGAGGACACGUUCUUCUAGUGUUGCCAGCAUGUCUUCAAGCAGAAAUAGUGGAGAACACAUACCUGUUAAGCGAUUAGUCCAGACAUCUGCCUCCACCACUAGGCAGUCGAGGUCCCCUACGAAGAUUAGGCCUCAAGAGGAACCCAUGUCUUUUGCUAAGGUGGAAGUGACCAGUGACAAGUCUUCUUUCCUUUUACUUGGACAGGAGGAGUAUUCAGAACACAGAGCAGUUGUGACGCAUGCGGUUUUCAACCCCUCAGGAACCCUUGUGGCCUCUGCCGACACUGAUGGCGUAGUCAAACUUUGGUCUCCGUCUCCGUCCCCUAAGACCCAGUCUGGGGUUGUUGUAAAGAGUGCAGUCACAGCCCUGGAGUGGUUGCCCCGCGGAGAACGCUUUUUACUUUUAGCCACCAAAGCUGCUUCCCUGCGUCUCUAUGACUCGAGGGAUAAGAAAACUGUCUGGGAGACUGGACCCGAGAGCUGUCCUGUGCUUAAAGACCAAAGAAUAAUGGGUGUACGAGUGAGUCCAGGGGAAGGCAGUGCAGUAAUCAGUGUUGCUCCCCGUGUAAGACCUCAGGGUACCUCAACUCCACCAGCACCCCCUUCACUGCACACCAUUGAUAUGAAGAGUCUCAAAAUUGAGAGUUCAUACCGUUUAGAUGGAGGUGUUGUCAAUGGCUGUAUCAUGAACCACAAUGGAGGGCUGUUGGUGUGUGGUUGCAACGAUGGCUCAGUGAGAAUUAUAGAUUUACGUUGUCCUGAUGUCAUAGCUUCAUGGCCAGCACAUCAGGGCGAGGUGUUUACUGUGCGGCUCUCACCUCAGGAAAAUAAUAUAUACACCAUUGGAAGCGACAACAGAUUUGCCUGCUGGAGCAUGGCACAGACUGGAGCUCGGGUGAUGGAUCAUGUUCUACAUGACCGUGCAGCUGGGCCAUUCCUCGUGGGCGUAGGGAGUGGAGGCACUGGGCGGAGCGUUCUACUUCGCCCUUAUGGACCACUCUUUGCCCUUCACCAGGAUGGGGAACAUGUGCUUACCUGCUCACCCAGUGGACCUAUUGUGUAUAAGGUUGGUGAGACUGGUUUGGAACAGGUUCUGCAAGUUGGAGGUCACAAAUCCCCUGUGGUCACUGUUGACUGGUGCAAUGCCCUUCAGUGUGGCACCUCUGUUGCUGCUGCUCUGGAUGGCUCUGUCACUGUUGCGACUCUGAUGCGCCAGUAGGCCUGAGGGAAAAGGAAAUCUCGCCGUUUAUACUAAUGUGCUUCUAGUUAAUUAGGAGAGGAUGUAGAGUUCCAUAUAAAUAUGCACCCUAGUCCACACACACUCAUGCAGAUACAGACAUAUGCAAACACUGCAUGCUCAUGACUGUAUACCUCCACCAUCCCACCCCCACCCGUGCACUCACAUCCACAUACAUGCACACAUCCACUCACACACGUCCACACAUGUACAUGUCCACACACAACUUGCACCCUCCUCCCCUACACACAAAUGAAUAUUAAUUUCAGAAAAUAACUGUAAAUAUGAAAAGCUAUACACUAUAUACAAAUAUAUUGAAGAAAUGAUCUAUGAUAAAUUAAUCAUAUAAGAUUUAUAUUUUCUCAUGUACAUUUACAGAUCUAUUUAACAUUUCCAAGUCUUAGUUAGUUGCCUCAUAAACAGUAACAUUCCAGUUUUACUCAUGUAAUGAGAGCUAUAUAUAUUACCUAUGACAAAAGGAAAGCUGUACACAUUUAAUAAAGGCUCUGUCACAUGAGGUUAAAGAGAUGUAUACUAUAUUUGAAGUAUUGUUUGUCUGUUCUGUUGUUUACAUAUUGAAAUGAAAGCCUCAUCAUGUUAUCACAUUGUUUCAUUUACGUUUGUCCAAAUUUAUCCUGACAUAAUAUCUAUUAUGUUUAAAUGUGUAUAUAAUAAAUCGUAAAUUU